CAGCACAGCUGUCGCGACAAGCCCAAGCCGUACACAGCACCGACCACGCGCCUCACUCAUCCCAAACCACCUCUGUCGCCACGUUCAUGGUUGCGCAAUAGCAUGCUGAAUCUGGUGGAAACUCAAACGCAACCAUGCAUCUGAUCAAGCCGCAGUGGCUGACCCAUUCAGGCGAUCUCAAGGACCACGAGGUCUACAGCUGUCACGUUUCCCCUGAUGGGAAGCGCCUUGUCACUGCCGCCGGAGAUGGAUACGUACGAAUAUGGUCUACUGAAGCGAUCGUAAACUCGAAUAAUCCCGAGUACACCAAGCCGAAGCAGCUCGCGGCUGUCAGCCACCAUUCAGGCACGAUCCACGCGGUGCGAUUCUCUUCGAACAACAAGUACUUGGCUUCCGGCGCAGACGACAAGAUUGUUUGUGUGUACGCGCUGGACCCCAAUGCGCCAACGCAUGCUGCUUUUGGUUCUAAUGAGGCGCCUCCUGUUGAGAACUGGCGCGUGAUACGCCGUCUCAUAGGUCAUGACAACGACGUGCAGGACAUUGGCUGGUCAUAUGAUUCGUCCAUCCUGGUGUCAGUAGGAUUGGACUCGAAAGUAGUUGUCUGGUCAGGGCACUCGUUUGAAAAGCUAAAGACAUUGUCAAACCACCAGAGCCAUGUCAAGGGAAUUACCUUUGACCCCGCAAACAAAUACUUCGCGACUGCGAGCGACGACCGUACCGUCAAGGUCUAUCGCUUCAAUUCGCCGCCGGCGAACGCUACGCAGCAGGAUCAGGUCAACAACUUCAUGCUCGAGCACACCAUAAAUGCGCCCUUCCAGACCUCGCCGCUCACCACAUACUUCCGCCGUUGCUCGUGGUCUCCAGAUGGAGCUCAUAUCGCCGCUGCCAAUGCAACGAAUGGGCCUGUCAGCUCUGUCGCCAUUAUCGCGCGUGGAUCAUGGGACGGUCACAUCAGUCUGGUCGGUCACGAAGGGCCAGUGGAGGUCGCUGCUUUCUCCCCUCGACUGUUUUACAAGGAUCCGCCAAAAGAGAUAGACGGGAAUGUCUAUCAACCAACAGUGACCAUUGUUGCAUGCGCUGGUCAAGACAAGUGUCUGAGCGUUUGGAACACAAGCUACCCUAGACCAUUCAUGAUCUCGCAAGAAUUGGCUGGAAAGUCGAUUUCAGACUUGGCAUGGUCGCCUGGAGGAGAGGUUUUGUACGCCACAAGUCUCGACGGCAGUAUUCUCACUCUUGUGUUCGAGCCAGGGGAACUUGGCUACCCGGCAUCAUUGGACGAGAACGAUAAGACACUCUCAAAAUUCGGUGCUGGUCGAAGAGUUGGGAUCGUUGAAGGCACGGACGCACUGCUCUUGGAAGAAAGCGCCAAGAGUGGAGAGCUGAAGGGUGUCCAGGGUCGCAUGGGAGCUCUCAUGGGUGAUGGCGGCGCGGUACAAGCCCCGACAAUCAUCACGAAUGGCACCAAUGGAGUAACGACGUCAGCAACGUCGGCAAAUGUCACGAACGGAACUACCACACCAGUAGCACCAGCCGAGCCUCCAGCGGAUCAGCGUGUCGAGAAGCUCAAGCAGCGGGUGACUGUCACAAAGGAGGGAAAGAAGCGCAUAGCACCUAUGCUUGUUUCCUCAUCGUCAGGAGUCGGUGCAUCAUCUUUACCACAGACCCAACUGAUCUCUGCAUCUACAUCCGUUGGGAGGAGCGACAAUCCACACAACAUCCUUGAUCUGUCGAAGCCUUACGAUGGGUUUCCCAAAGGCGGUCUUGCAUCGAUGCUGGUUGGCAACAAGAGGAAAUUUGCAGAGAUCGAAGGCGACGACGAUCGACAGGUAGAGCGAAGACUUGCCGCUACAGUCCGACCUGGUGGCGCUGCUAUCGUGUUGAACAGUGAGAAUGGUCUUGUGCCGCCUGCUGCUGCUACCUCAAAGGCCAAUGGGCAGGAACCCGCAAAGGUCCUGCGCCCUGCAAUUGUUAACCCGUCACUCAGCGUAAGCCAGGUGCGGCUAGCUGUACCUAAGGUUAGGAGUGUCAUCGUCCGCACAAUGGAUGGCAGUGAACCGCCGCAUCAGAACAGUGUCGAUCCCAAUACCGGAAAAGCAGAGCUCUCGGAUACUGUUCUGCUGGAAGCACGCAACGCUACUGGCCCUUCGCGAACAGGCCGGUUCCAAGACCAUGAUCCUGUUAGGAUAACCUGCACAAAGAAGGGCCAAGCGCUUUGGCAAGACUACCUACCGAAAGCUGUUCUCUUAGUGACUGGCAAUACGAACUUCUUUGCAGCAGCAUGCGAGGAUGGUUCUGUCUAUGCCUGGUCACCAGCAGGCCGACGCACACUCAAUGCCAUGAUUUUGGAAGCGCAACCCGUCAUCAUGGACUGUCGCGGAUGGUGGCUGAUGGCUAUCUCAGCCGUCGGUAUGUGCUAUGUAUGGAACCUCAAGACAAUGUCCGCUCCUCAUCCACCCAUCUCUGUCGCACCAAUUCUGGACGUUGCGGCGUACGCCCAAGGUCCGCAUCUCACCAAGUCACCUGGCAUUGUGUUUGCACGCCUCAACACCGAAGGCAGGAUCGUUGUGGCUGUGUCAAAUGGCGAUGGCUACACCUACAACCCUAACAUGUAUAUUUGGCAACGGAUUUCAGAACCCUGGUUUGCAGUCGGAAGCCAGUAUUGGAAUACCACAGACUCAUCUCUGGGCAAUAUUAGAUCAUCACAGGACAAGAAGACACCAAAAGAGAGGGACGAUCAGGUCUCGCCGGAGAACAUAUCAGCAGGUAUCAUUCCCUCGCUGGAACGCAACACAACGAAUCAGUUCUUGCUACAGGGUCGAGCGUUUUACCUGCAGCGUCUUAUUAAAGCGCUCAUCUCGGCUGAAGGCUACGAAACCUUCGAGAGCUGUGUCAGCGUGGCCCACCUCGAGAACCGGGUCGCUGCUGCCAAGACGUUGGGUGCAAAGGAGGAGUUCAAGAUAUAUCUUUCAAUGUAUGUUAAGCGCAUUGGAGCAGAGGGGCUGAAGGGCAAGAUUGAAGAGCUACUCAGAAGUUUCGCAAGCGACCUGAUUGCCGAGGAUGAAGAUGUCGACCAAGACAGCGAGCAGGCGAGCGAUACCAUCUGCGGCUGGAAGAAAGAGGACCUCCUGAAGGAAGCGGUGUUGAUCCUUGGUAAACAUCGCGACCUCCAGCGCAUCACUGUACCGUAUGCACGGCUCCUCGGUAUUGUUCACGAGAACCAGCAGCAGGACGAGGCUAUGGUCACGGAUCUUUAAACCAACCCAACCCUCACUUGUCACCUCCGCUGGCGUUCUUUUAGCGUUUCCUUGGGAGUUUUGUCAAAAGCAUGAAUAGGCGCGUGGACUGUCUUGAACUAGAUGUAUUGAGCAGCACGGCGUCCGGCGCAAUCCCGGGUCGAACUGAUCUGGUUGGGAUGGUGUAUUUGUAGCACGCAUCAAUAAGCAGACGAUUGGAACAAGUCGUAUA